UUCCUGUCUGAAAUCUGUCUGAAAACUGCUAUUAACAAAAACAGACAAACUAGCACAGUGUAAGAACGAGUGUAACCCAGUUUCAAAAUGCAUGUUCAUCUUUUUCCCUAACAGUGUCGAUGAAAAACAAGUUGACAGGAGAGGUCAGCGUGAGGGCAGUCUGUCAUAGAUCGAUGAGGAAAAAUGAAAAGCCACACGAAUUGAGAGUAGGGUGACUAGGGUCAAUGUUAGGGUACAGUAAUGGUUAGGCCUGCUGAUAAGUUGCCCAGCUGAUAAGUAACAUUAUCUAAAUGUAUAUGAUACAGUCUACUGUUUGUGGAUGUGAAUGGGUAGGCCUAUGUGGCUCUCAUCUACAAAACAAUGCUUAUAUAUGUAUCUCUUGUUGAGGUGUUUCUCAUCUAAGCUUCAAUUUCUUCCUAGAUGGUGUUAAAAGACUCAAAGCCUGUCAUUUUGGUGAGCACCCACUGCUCAUGUGUGGCGGGGUGUGCCUUAUGCAACCAUUUGGUUGCACUACUGUAUCAAACAGCACACCUAUCACAACUAGGCAUCCCUGCUGUACCCCCAGUGCACAGUUGCACAGAAACUGAGCAGAGCUGGCAUAAGCCAAGGACCAUGGGUGUUAGGCCAGGUCCUGUGGGAGACAUGGAGGUCCGCAAACCUCAAAAUUCUACGGCUGUAUGUGUGAGAAGUUCUCUCUACAAAGCACUUGACGGGGAAAUGCCAGAUCUUGCCACAUUGAGAGUUGCAGAAGCAUAUAAAGACUUCCCCCAUUUGCUUGCACCUCUGGUGACCACCAUGGGCAUAUCAGCGGAAGUCCCAUUAGUUCAGACAGCUUUUGGGGCUGUCCAGGCAGGGAGUGUGCUGGCAUUUCAGCAAAAACCACCAGAAAUGCGGGAAAUCAUCAACAUCCCAGACUCCUCUGCCCAACCUUCCCUUCCCAUCCAAGGCUAUAGGCUUGAGCCAACCACAUGCGCCUAUGUGUUGUCAGAGGAGGAACAUGUACAUAUGAAAUCGCUACAAGUGUCAUUCCACAUGGCCCACAGGAUUGAAGCUGCAACACGGGAGCAGAGCUCAUGCCAGGAAUGGCAUCGACUGAGAAAGAUGCGAGUUACAUCUACACGCUUUCACGAGGCAUGCCAUGUUCGCUGUCAUACAUCAGCUGAAAAUCUGGCACACAGAAUUUUGAGGGGGACCGUCUUGACGAAGGACAUGAGGAGAGGAAUUGACAUGGAGCCAGUUGCUGUGAAAGAGUACUGCAGUUUAAAAAAUGUCAACUAUUCACCCUGCGGGUUCAUUAUACACCCUGAUGCUCCAUGGCUGGGAUGCUCCCCUGAUGGAGUUGUGUUCGAUCCUUCUGAAAUCCCACCAUUCGGUCUGCUGGAAAUUAAAUGCCCAAACAUCAAGAGUUAUGUUGACUGUCCGUACCUGAAGAUGUCGGAAGGUUCUUUGCAGCUUAGGAGGCAGCACAAGUACUAUUGGCAAGUACAAGGUCAGAUCCUCCUAACAGGUUUAGAGUGGUGUGAUUUUGUGGUAUGUGCGCAGGAGGACAUGCUUGUUGAGCGCAUACACAAAAAUCUAGAUGUAAUGAGCACCAUUAGGGACCAAGGAGAUCUGUUUUUUUUUUACCACUACCUACAGAAGUGUUUGAAUGUAUAAGUCAUUUCAGAUGUUGCUUCAUUUAAUUACAUUUAUUGUAUCAUUCUUGUAAACAAUAUGAACAUAUACACUUGUGUGUGUACACACAUACAUUCAUAUACAAUAUACCCAUCUAUCCCUA